AAGCGCUUGAAAACGAAACUGCGCAUGCGCAUGAGUCAAAAACCGGUCAAUGGACUGUGCGAACAAAGCUGAUAUCAAAUCUGACGAUUUGGCUUCGCAAUCUAACGAAUUUUUGACAGCAUUUUACCGAUUUUAUUUUUUUUCGUUUGGGAACACUGAGUCGAGUUUCACGAUUUUUGCUUCACUUCAUCUGGCAACCCUGUAUACAAACAAUACAAAACCAGAGAUUUUUAAAUGAGAAUUAUAGAAAAAUAUGCAUUGAAAUACAUAAUCCGUAGUUUUUAGAGCAUUAUAAAGUCUCCUUUCACCUAGACAAAUACGUUUUUGGUAUUGUGAGACAACUGCAACUGGUUUUAAUACUUUUACAACUAAAACUGAGAUAAAACGGAUUAUGUUUAAAGGAUUUACUGUUGUUGAAGACUAUCUUAUUUACUGACUGGAAUACUUAAAGAAAAAUAAUCGUCUUGAAACAAUUACACAUUAAGUAAAUAUCUUUCUGUCACUAGGUUAAAAAUGUCACUUCCACAGGAACAGAAUCAGCCUUUUUCAAAGGAACAGUGUGAGUCUAAAAAUAAAAUGGGUAAAGACAACAUUUCUCUUAUUGAUGGGAUAACAGAUGUGAAAAUUAAAAUUGAGGAAGAUAUGGAAAUUCCCUACAACUAUUCAAUGCAACUUAACACAUCAGUAAACUCUGAAGAUUUCAAAAUAGGCCAUACAGAGAGUAGUGAUCAAGUUAAGUCUGAAUCUCCAGAAAUUAAGCAAGAAUACAAAGAGGCUGGUUUUGCUCUGGAUAAAAUUAAAUAUGUUGAUCCCAGUAACAAUCAGUCAGAUGGUUUUAGAAUUACCAAAGAAUCUAUUAAAGUUGAAAUUAAACAGGAAUAUGAACAGUGUGAUCUCUUUCCAGAAGAAUUAAACAUACAUAAUGCUCAUCUAAAUUCAGAAGUAAAACUGGAAGACUUUGUUAAACUGGAAAAGUUACCGAAAAGAAAAAUCAAACCGACUAAUAGAAGGAAAAAAUUAAAGGAUUAUUCUUAUUUCACAAGAAAAUGGUGCUCUUGGCUAAACUUACGAAAGAACAGAAACAGAAUUCAUAGUUGCUCCCUGUGCGGUCAAACAUGCAUAAAACCAUCAAUACUUAUGUUCCAUUACAAAGUAUAUCAUUGUACAAAAAAGGAAACACAAAAGAAAACUCAAAACAAAUCAUCUUCCAUGUUACAUGGUUUAGUGAAAAAAGAAAAUGAUCAAAUGUUAACAAAUGGAUCAUCAUAUGAAGGCAAUUAUAUAUUUGAUACGAGUGAAAAGCCAAAUAGUGAGGAAGUGAAUUUGAAAAAUUUUAUAAACACAAAUCAACUAAACUCCUAUUUUAGCAAUGGAAAAAAGGUAUUUGAAUGCCAUGUUUGCUUUAAAUCAUUCCUCCGAAUCAGUCAUUUAACACGUCAUCAGCGAGUGCAUUCUGAACAGAAACCAUUUCAAUGUGAAAUUUGUGGAAGUAGGUUCAAGAAAGAAGAUCAAAUGACAAUGCACCAAAAAGUAACCCAUCUUGGUAUCAGACGAUAUAAGUGUUUGGUUUGCCUAAAGCAAUUUGCAUAUCCUUCUACACUGAAAGAACAUAUGCUCCUCCACACAGGAGAGACUUACAAAUGUGACAUUUGUUCAAAAGAGUUCACAACCAAAAAAUAUCUUGAGUAUCACAUAUUUGGCCACAAUAAAGAAAAGCCUUUCAAAUGCGAGGUUUGUCCAAAGGAGUUCAACUUCAAGAAACUACUUAAGCGGCACAUGUUUGUCCACGCUGAAGAAAAACCUUUUGCUUGUGAGGUCUGCCCAAAAAAAUUUUCUUCUAAGGGCAGUUUAUGGCAACAUAGGCUUCUUCAUGCAGAAAAGCGUUUUAAAUGCAGUGUCUGCUUGAAAGAGUUUGCUACUUCAGGCAAUUAUAAACAGCAUUUCUUAAAAUAUUCAGAGCAUAGGCUUUUACAGUGUGAAUUUUGCUCCAAGAAUUUCGUAGGAAAGAGUGAAAUGAAGAGACAUUUGCAAACUCAUACCAGAGAUAAAAGAUUGCAGUGUGAGGUCUGCUUUAAGAGGUUCUCUGUGAUUUCAACAUUCAAAACGCAUAUGAUUUUACACGAAGACGAAGACCGGUUUAAGUGUGAUGUGUGCCAAAAGAAAAUGACAUCUCAAAGGGGUUUAAAAGGACAUAUGAGAAUACAUACAGGAGAAAAACCUUAUGAAUGCAAUAUUUGUUUCAGACCGUUUACUAACCACAGUAGCAUGAUGACGCACAGGAAAAUACACACUGAUAAAAUUAUGAUUCCUUCCGUUCAGAAAAAAGCAGCAAAUUUCAUGGAGUUGUAUUUUUGAACAAUUAUCAUGGGGAUGGAAAUAGGAUGGGGUUUGUGAACCGUCGAAAUCGCUCAACUCGCCAAGACGACGGUGUUCGGAAGGUUUCGGAAUAUGGUCGGGAUAUGCUCACUUAUUAUACCUUGUUGACUAUUCUCAGUUCAACUCACCGAGAAUAAUCAAAUGGCUUGCCGUUUCGUCUUCUGUACUGUUAGAGACAGUAUAAAAACACGUUUUGCUUAAUACGUUGACAUUCAGUGUGAAUUUUGUUCUAAGGAAUUCAUAGGAAAGCGUGAUAUGAAGAGACAUUUGCAAACUCAUACCGGAGAUAAAAGAUUGCAGUGUGAAGUCUGCUUUAACCCAUUUAGCGCCAACGGUGCGAAAACGCACCAUUUUUUUGUAGAUUUUUUUUGACAAUUUGUAAUUUUUUUAAAUCUUUCUAUUUUUUAAGCAACCAGCAGAUAUAAGUGUAUUAUAACUAAAUUUAAUUUUGUUUAAUUUCCAAACUCAUGUUUUCAUCACAAAAAUAUUUUCUAAAUGUCCAUUUUCAAUCAAUCGACAAAACUUUAUUUUUACUGUAGUAAUUUUAUUGGCAUAACACUUUUGUGGUCAAAUAAAUUAAAACAUUAUUUUUUAAA